AUGCAGUCCGAGCUCUUCAUGAGCUCGCCGACGGUGCGAAUGGUUCUGCCCGCCAUCAAGCUUCUGCUUGGCGAUCAGGGAAGCCAGAUGGACAUAAUCGAAGAGUCGCUGAAGCCUACGGCGGCGGAGGCUUCGCUGAAGGCCGAGCAGGAGAUCGUGGGCAUGCGGGGACAGCUCUGCGGCUUCUGGAGCAGUGACGCCGGCAUGUCCAGAUACGGCGUUGUCGUGUCGGCCUGGGAGUCGAGCUUCGACAUCCGGUGGUUCGACCCAAGGACUUGCGCCUUUUCCCUGCAGGUGGGGGUGCCCGCGGGCUCAGUGCACUCGUGGUUUCCCGUUGACUGGGAGCCGGACAGCAUAUGCACAGCGCUCCGUCCGAGCCGCCCUCCAGACUGUCAGGGCGACACAGAUGACGUCGAGAUGGAGAUCAUCGACGUGUGA